AAGGAAGUAGAGUUAGCAAUGAAUGUGCAGAGACACAAAAGAGCUGCAAAAUUUGUGUUCCUAAUGUUCUGUUGUACAGCUCAGUGACAACAAGCCGUGAGAUAGCAAGUAAUUAAAAUAAAACGAGAGCGAUAGAUAGAGAAAACAGAGCACCGAAAAGCACACUAUUUUCAUACAACACAGCGGAUCAGAAGAUACAUAAAGAAAUAAAGGAUACAGAGAUUCCACUUCAGAAAGGCUCUUUCAAAACCACCAUCUCUCCCUCUGUCAUGGAUGCGUCUGGGGGAUGCUGGGACAGCUGUCUGAAUGAGGAGGAUCUGCCUGAGAUGGAUGGCACGUGUGAUGCUUGUGAACCGGAUGAGCCUCAGCCAGCAGCUCAGGUUUGCACACACUGUCGUUUCGCCUUCUGCAUCAGCCAUGCAAACAAACAUUCACAAAGCACUGGUCACCAGCUACAGCCGUACUGUCCCCCAGACCCUGAGUUAGACCCUCAGCCGCUGACAGAGAGUCAGGGGGCUGAAAUCAGAGCAGAGUGGGCAGAAGCUGCUGGCGGUGAGGACAAUCAACUGAAGGGGAAACAAGAUACAGUGACGGUGGAGAGGCUUAAGUGUAAGCAGCACGGACAGGAGGGCUCGCUCUACUGUAAAAAUGAUGAGCGGAUCAUUUGUGUGGUGUGUGCAGUACAGGGAGAACACAGAGAACAUGAGAUCAUCACUCUCAAAGACGCUUACCUGUGGCAGAAAAGCAAAGAAGGCAUUGACCUACUGGAACACACUCAAGAAAUAGCUGAGAAGAUCAAGGCCAAAUGGACCAGCCCUGAUAUGAUUACAGAUGAGCUGGAGCAGUACGUGAACCAGCAGUUUGAUGAGCUUCAAAGGUUGGUUCGGCUUGAGGAGUGGUGGGUGCUGCAUCUAGUAGAUCUAAAGGAGGCGUUCCUUACCGCUCAGGCUGCUGAGAAGAUUUCUGAGAUCAGCGUCCAUACUGAACGACUGCAAGAGGAGAUGGACUCCAUCACACAGCAGCUGGGUGAACUGGAUCGGGCUGAGGAGGAGGGAGUCGCCCCUAUGUCCCUAGCCCCACUGCUGGCCGCCAGACCACGACCACCUCCUGCAGCUCUCAUAGAGCACAGACCACUGGAUCCUGAAGUGAGGUUUUUUGUGAUACUACUUGAAUACUUCAGAGCUGCCAAUCAAAGGAGGGACCCUCAUGAUCCUUCAGUAGAUGAAGAGAGAGAAGAUGAACACAUGGGACAUGCACCCUAAAACUAAUGGGCAUUCUGUACCAUUUCUGCCAUUUCUCCUUUCAAGCAUCAUGGGAUACAAAUUCAAACUGAAUGCAACUGUUCUGAUGUCAUAGUAUCAUCAACCAAUUAUUGGAUAAUGUGUUUUACCUUGAAAUUAUUUCUUUUUUCUAAGAAGGUCAUGAAAUGUAUGCAGCAAAUUAGAAUCAAGCUCUGGCCUCAUGUACAACCAAAGACUUGUAUCUGGUAACUCUGGGAAGGUGAGAAUGCUGGUCGAUUGAAAAUGAUUUUUGCUUUAGAGUAAAUUCAGCUUGUUCUUUGCUUAAAUAUGUUGCUUUGUGUGGGACACACAUUAUUUUGGUCAACAAAAUGCUAUAAAGAAUAUAUAUUUUUUAACCAAUCCAUUUUUCUCAUUGUUCUUCUGACAUUUGCAAAUAAUAUGUAUUCAUAUAUAACAAUG